AUGGUGAGGAUGAUGAGAAUGCUCGUGGAUCAGGGACGCAGGACGUCGCAAAACCUGCAAUGGGUGCGCCAUUUGACGAACAACACGGAUCUCAAGUCGCGAUUGGAGCAGUUGAUCCCCGAAGAGCAAGCGCGCUUGAAGGAUUUGAAGUCCAAGUAUGGCAAAAACUCGCUGGGCGACACCACCGUCGACAUGGCGAUCGGUGGCAUGCGCGGGAUCAAGGGCAUGAUGUGGGAGACGUCUCUGUUGGACGCCGAGGAGGGGAUCCGCUUCAGGAACAUGACCAUCCCCGAGUGCCAGGCCAAGCUUCCAGCGGCGAUGCCCAAAGGCGAGCCUUUGCCCGAAGGCCUGUUCUGGUUGUUGGUCACUGGCGAGGUUCCAACCAAGGAGCAAGUCAGUGCAUUGACGCAGGAAUUCCAGGACCGAUCGCAAAUUCCCCGACACGUCUUCGAUGUGCUUGACGCCUUGCCAAAGACAGCGCACCCCAUGACGCAAUUCACCGCCGGCAUCCUCGCUCUCCAGACCGAGAGCGAAUUCGCCCGCGCUUAUGCGAAGGGUAUCGACAAGCGCAAGUACUGGGAGCCCACUUACGAGGAUUCCAUGAACCUCAUCGCCAGGUUGCCAGAAAUCGCCGCCUAUGUUUACCGGAGGACCUACAAGGGCGGCGAGACGAUUGCGGCCAACUCCACUUUGGACUAUGCUGCCAAUUUCGCGCACAUGCUGGGCUACGAGGACCCCAAAUUCCACGAGCUCAUGCGUCUGUACCUGUCCAUUCACUCCGAUCAUGAAGGCGGGAAUGUGAGUGCGCACACUGUCCACUUGGUGGGCAGUGCGCUGUCCGAUCCUUAUCUUUCUGUAGCCGCCGGUAUGAACGGAUUGGCCGGGCCCUUGCACGGUUUGGCAAACCAGGAGGUCUUGCGAUGGAUUGAGGACAUCGUCCGAGAAAUCGGCACCGACGUCACCACGGAGCAACUCAAAGAGUUCAUCUGGAAGACUUUGAAGAGUGGCAAAGUCGUUCCGGGUUAUGGGCAUGCGGUUCUCAGGAAAACUGAUCCCAGGUACACUUGCCAGCGUGAAUUCGCUUUGAAGCAUCUUCCGAACGAUCCCAUGUUUCAGAUGGUCUCCAAACUCUACGAGGUCGUUCCUCCCAUUCUUCUGGAGCUGGGCAAGGUCAAGAACCCGUGGCCCAAUGUUGAUGCGCACAGCGGAGUUUUGCUUCAAUACUACGGACUCAAGGAAGCGAACUACUACACAGUUCUGUUUGGUGUGUCCCGGACGAUGGGUGUUCUGUCUCAGCUCAUAUGGGACCGCGCGUUUGGCCUACCCAUCGAAAGGCCCAAGAGCAUGACCAUCGAAUGGAUCGAAAACUUUUGCAGAAAGCAGGCAACCAAGUGA